CUGGAAGCCACAGCUCAGCGGGAUUUCAGUUCAAAAUUCGUUCCGCAAGCUCUCCUCAAGAUGAUUUACAAACGAGUGCUGUCUUUGAGCUCUUUGAUAAUCCUUUGGUUACAGAGCAGAAGCUUUAUAAGUGGUAAAUGCCUCCACGAAUUCUCAGGUCAGUCAGCGUUUGCGCAUGUUUUGAAUAAGAGCGAUUCGCUUUACUCCAAUGAUAGCAAGAAUGUUUACUUGAACGAUCAGACUUGUUAACGCAGAGCAACACAUCCUAGUGAUUGCUACAAACUAUUGAUCAUGAUUUUCCGUGAUACAGUAUAUUGUCACGAAGAGUCACUCUUGAUUAAAUCAUUGCAACUAUAAAGUAAUUUAAACUCAGUCUCUACACGUACGUGUAGCAAUAACAUUACAUUAACUCACGCGAGCCGUUAAAGAUCUAACAGAGACCUUUAUUUAAAAGCGUAGUUCAAUCGCAUUUAAACACGUUUCAAAAUAAUUCUCCUUUUUUAUGUAAUGAAACUUGUUAUCGACGUUUCGUAGUAGGUUGAUAUACUGAUCGAAUGUUUCAACUUACUGCCGGCAGAGGUCGAAUACUCAAUACGACAUUUUGUACACACAACCAAGCAAAGUGUUUUUGGACAAAUAAGAGCACCACCUACGUAGAUUGCAAAUUUAAAUAAAAAUCGAUUCUUCAUAAACUGAUAAUCAGUGAUCGUGUGUAGCAAUCAAUAACUAAACUACAGGAAACUGUAGCUGUUGGAAACGAGCCUAAUAUAUCAAUAUACGCAGCAGCUGAUCUUAAGAAAUGUCACCUAUCAAGAUCGCGCGGACUGUGCAAAACCACAGAACACCAACCCAGUCAGGAUAAAAGGAAGCACGUUUGUUUUCUUUUCUGUAUUUCAUAAGUCUUCUGCCCACUAAAACACUAGGAAUAGAAACGCUGAAGAAACACUGAAAUUAUCCUUAUCGUGGUAACGAUAGAUGUCGCUAUAAAGAGUACUUCCGUGGCCCUGGUUUCGCCGGUGAAUGCGGGAUCUUUGCCAAGGGUCACGCUAACUGUUUUCGGCCUGUCAGAUAGCUCAAAUUUAAAGUAGGUCUAAAAGAGCAAAAAACGGUACAAAAAAAACCAACAACAACUACGAACACAGCUGAUUCAAAGGAGCACUUAGUAGAAUAUAGUGUAGCUGAAAGUGUGUAAACAUAAUUGUUAUGUGUUUGGUUCGGGCCCACUGUCAAGAAAUAUUUAAUGAAAAUAAAGGAGGACUUUUUCCGAGUUUACGGGUUUAUCAAUUCUCGAAUUCGAAAGCUAACUAAAUCCAACUAUCCAGUCAAGCCUUGCACAGCUGUCUCCAUGAACUUCUGCCGGCUGCCACUGUUUAGAUAAAGCUAUGUAAAUAGGGAAGAAGUCCUGAAAUCUCGGCGAUCAAGUUUCAUCGCUAAGUUCAGAACAAGCAUUUCACGUCAAGUAAGGAAAAUAAAUGGCGACAGCAGUAUCAAACUUUCAAUCAUGUAUCUCAAUUCAUCUUACCCUUAUUUAUUCCCCAACACGAGCAAGCGUGUUCUCCAUGUUUUUCCCUGUAAAAUUCCCAUGGUACUGUCAGGAGAAUUUGUACAUCAAUCAAGAGGUUUUUUUUCAGAUGGUGACCAUUUCCUUUAUUCUUUUGAGCUUAAUGUUUUACUCAGUAGAGAUAUUGUAAGGAAAAUUUUGAUGCUAGUAACUCUUGGGUUAAGAGAUUUUUAUGGCUAAUAAAGCCGAUUGUUUAGUUUUUAACUCAAGGACGAUUUUCGUGCUUUGACAAAAAUUUACCCGCCUAGAGAUUACCUUCAAGACCUUGUUGCCGUUAAUUCAGCAACUGUCUGUCCUAAGGAAUUGCAUGAGCUUUGAUUUUAACUACCGCAGACAAUGUUUUUUUAAUCGAUUUUUACCGAUAUUCUUCUUCGAAGCAGGUCCAACAGAGAAACAGAAAUUAACCUUUCAAGGAAAGGAGUUACCACUGACAAUUUCCUAUGGACAUCGCGCUUCCCAGCAAGCCACUGCACAGCUUACUAAGAUUUUACUAGAGGAAGGCCUGGGGUACGAUGACGUCAAAUUGGUACCCUGCUUUCAAGAGACUUUAGGAACUAAUUGUGGGAGUGCCAGGUAAAACAAAGUGCCUACAGUUAAUCUCAUGCAGUAAAACUUGCCCUUUUCUUAGUCUAUGCAGAAUCUACGCAUCUCUUGGGCAGCACACUAGAGCUUAGUUGUUGCAGUCAGUACGUAGCUUAGCCUAAGUUUCAGUUACGUAUCAAAAUACAGUUGAGCGAUGACUUGUAAAGAAGUGCAGCGCUUUUGUUUGUGAUUAUUUUUGCCUGUUUGUCUGUCUAUCUGUCUGGCCAAGGAACACUAGAUGACUGGUCCAUAAAAACAAGUGUGCUCUACAAGGGUAAUUGUCUUUGUCAGUGUAUCUGUCUAUCCGUCUGGCCAAGGAACAUCAGUUGAUUUGAAUACUUAUUUAAUUAUCCCGAUUACAGAUUUUCUGGUGUUCCGCAAGCCAUGAUAGACACAGAGGUCUGGGUACCAUUUGACCGUGAAUACCCUGCAGAGAAUGAGGUAGUGGCGGAUGUGGGAUCAAUAGGAUUCACGGGAAGGUUAGUCAUAGGAAAACAUCGGGCUCUUGGAGUCUAAGAAUCCUCAGGCUGAAAAAGAAAGAAGCUUUUCCUUGAUCUACUCUUUUUGUAGAUGGUUGUGUCACGUCGCGAGUAGCAGAUCGCAGCCACAAUUUGCUUCGUGUGACCGUUAAAGCAUGUUUGUGAAAAUCUUUUUUUCCGAGCAAUAGAAUUUUGUUCCCUUAAUGAGUCUCACAAUUCCAACCUGGUGUGAUUUAUGUGAUGUUCACGAUUGCAAAAUAAUUCCCAACGACUUGCUUUGGAAUAAGUACACACGACUCGUUUAACUGCAGCGAGUUGUCAUCUAGAAAUGUGUCGGCCCUCACUUACCAUGAUAUGUACGAAUUUUUAGAGUUUGUGUCGGUGGGUUAUGACUGUUCUACUCUCGUGUAAUUAAAAAAACGUCUUAUUCCAGAUUAGGCUGGUUUACAAACUCCUUCUUUGUUGAUCGAAUGUGGAGCGAACACCACCAACCCGCUGAUCAUUGGAGAGCCCUACAGCUUCGUGUUGUACUACAGGAACUUCCCCUCGCAUCGGAACUGAUCACAUGUCAGGCUUGCAUAGAAAACGAGUUCCAUCCUCUGCAGUGUGUCCAACUAAACCAAAGUGGCGAAAAUUGUGUUGCUCUUAUGGCUGCACAUAAAGGUGAAAUUCAAUAAAAAAUAUUUUCUUUCUCGUUGGGAGAUAAAGUAGCUAGCCGGUUACCGCAACACAGCGGUUUUAAGCAUGAGCUUGAUAUCACGGUGAUUUUAAUUAUCACAGGUAAUCUCAGUUCUUUCAUGGUCGAGGAUCAGAUUUCAAGUCUUCGAUUGAACAUAUCAGUGAUAUGGCUUGGAAAUAACCUUACUUCCACAGUUUUGCUGAAUGAAGCAAAGAGUAAGCCGUUACUAUUUUAUGCCUGGGAUCCAUGCCCUUUAACCACAGAUGACAAAUUUAGGAGGAUUACCUUCCCUGGAUGCAGGUAAUCAUUAUAUCCAUUAACUCUAUCCUAGAAGCGAUAUUGUCAUGCAAAUUCUUAGAUUUGUUUUCCUUUUCAGCUUUUCUUCGAACUACAUCGCCAUAAACCACACGAAUAAAUAUCAUGGAGGAUGCGAUUUUCCCUUGUACGACCUGCGUAAGUUUGUUUGGAAGGAAAUACAAAAUCGUUACAAGGACAUUUAUGGCCUAUUAAAAGCCAUCAGCUUUACACGAGAGCAAAUCACUGAUAUACUUCAUCAGGUCGGCACAACACAAAACAGCGCGUUAAUCAAUGACUCCAUGUGCCAUUGGCUGAAUAAAUCACGCGAUAUUUGGUUGCCAUGGAUACAAGCUGAAACUACAGCUAAAAGAACUGUGUAUAUUGGAGGGAUGUUUCCUAGUCUUGUGGAGGCAAAGGCUGUAUGGUCAAGUCCGGGUGAUGAAGUUGGAGCCCAACUAGCUAUCCAGGAGAUUAACAGAGACAAAAACGUUUUGGAGCGCUGCAGGCUUGAGCUACUUGUAGCUCCAACUCAGUGCAGAGGAGAGCUGGUGAUUUCGGCCUAUGUACGAUACCUGAAUCUGCAUCAUUCAAAAAAAGUGAUCGGUAUCGUUGGACCAGCAUGCAGCAAGGCAACACUUCCAAUAGCCGACGUGGCGCGAUUUCACAACACAGUUCUGAUGGGCUACAGCGCUGAUGACGUGUCUUUAUCCGAUAGAACGAGAUUUCCGAUGUUUUUCCGAACAAAUCCAAGCAUUGACGAAUUCAAGCUCGCAUACUUAUCAAUUUUUCGAGAAUUUAGUUGGAAGAAAUGUGUUGUCUUGCGUGAGGCUAAGUAUCCAGUAAACACGGUACAGUCUCGUACAGAAUUCCUUACAAAACACGGAGUUCAAGUACUGUCACGUGAGUUGCCGUCCGGUGAAGACCUGGACGCCAAGAGUUAUGUCAAGAACGUUGCAGAGAGUAAACUGACGGUGGUAAUGUUGGACGCCUACCCAGAGGUCACCAGGGCAGUGACAUGUCAAGCAUAUAAGGAGGUAUGAAAGUUUCCAAGCAUACAUAAUGAUUUCAGACGCUCAUCACCUGUACUGUAUUAAAGGUCCUCUACACAAGUAGUUUACACUUAAUUCCAACAGGUAAUAAAUGAUCUCCCAAGGUGGCUAACAAUCUGUGCAUUUCAACAAAAUGCAAUUAUAUUUCAAAGAAAACCAGGCGGAUUUCAGGCUCUUUUUUCUGUACCGUGCUCUAAUCAUUUGCCUAGUAAAACCCAUCUCGAUAAAGCAAUCAUAUUAUCAAUAAAAACUCUUUGGAUACACCUUCGCCCCAUCGAAAAGCCAGAAAACAGUAGGUGUUUAGUUUACUGAAUGUAGCGGCCCUCUAGGCUACUAAUUUCAAAAGGAACGUGACUCGUUAUUUAAGGAACUUUGCAUCCCUACUACACCAAGUACAGCUUUCUACACUAAUUUUUCUCAUACCUUUUUUCCUUAAAUUUGAUCAGGGUCUAACUUCAGAAAAAGGUUACGUGUGGUUCUUACUUGAUUGGCUGGAAUCUGAUUGGUGGGACGUAGAUUUUUAUAACAGCAAAAGGCACGCCGCACCAGAAAGCGUACCGUGCUCUACUGAUGACAUGAAGACUUUUGUUGAUCAAGGCUACUUCACUUUAUCUUCUCCCUUUUUCGGAGAUGACGAACAACUCGUUGAGGGAGGAGGAACUGUUAAACAAUGGAAAGAACGAUAUCGAUUUACCGUGGCAAAGCAGGUGAAAGCACAGUGAUGCAAUUGCUUCCGUCGUUCGUCAAAGUUUUCUCAUGAUUUGGUGGAGAUGUUAGCUCAGACGAAGCAAUAUCGCGUUAUAUACCAUCAUAAAUGCGCAGAGGUGAAGCAGGGGUGGUGGGUGGUGGGUGCCUUUAGCCCUCUUAGAGAAGGAUUUGUAACAACACGCAAGUCCUAUAAGCUUACUCAUGUGACGCGUGUCAAUAUUCUUACUUUGAUUUUCACUUUUGCAUCCCUUACGAAAAUCCUAGCAAAAAAAGCAGUGACUACCAAUAUAAGUGAUUUUAGGAGUGCAUCUUAUUUAGAAAGAUUUAGAGGAGCCAUACCUUAGACUUCCACAUUGCCAGGCUAGAGUUACAAGCUGUCAUGGUUCUGCUGCCUCCUUUGUUCAGUUUAUCUUAACGUUAUUUUUCUUUCACAGAAAAAGGAAUGGUCGGAUUACGCAUCGUUUGCGCAUGACGCUGUGUGGACAUACGCUGUAGCACUGGACCAGCUGCUCAAGAAUGACUCCUCAGCUUUGGAUAAGAUUGAUACCAAUUCUACCUCAGCGUAAGUAUAUUUUGAUGUUAUUUGGUAUUACAAAAUGUUUUACAGGUUUAAAGCUGAAACGCUGGUUUCCUAAAGACGAACGUAAACGACGCCAGUUUUAAUGUCAUGCAACCAGUAAUACUUUGAGAGGUCUGUACGAAGGAGGGAAACAAUUAACCCGCUCUUAGGAAUUUGAUAAAGCACUUGACUGAUUAAGGUGUGUAAAAAAAUUGUGCCAGAUUCAUUCGUAAAAAACAGGCCACCGAAUUAUGUGAAACUCUGAAGUCAAAGCUUGAAACAGCGAUGCAAUAUUUAGAUAACGUAGCAAACACGGAGACAAAGAUGAACGAAGCUGAAGAAGGUUUAAAAGCCUUGCAAUUGAGAUUUUUAGAUAAACUCUUUUGUUUGAAAAUUUAAUAGCCAACGUUCGGUGGUAAUUUGGUGGUCAUUCAAACGAAAGUUUAAUUUCAAACCUCUAAAAAGGUACAGUUAUACACAAGUUUCCCUUUCAGAGAGCACAUGCCCAACUUGAUAUGAAGAAAAAGGCCUAAAAACCGUCUCCAAUACUAACAAAAAAGCCAGAUUCAAACAAUGAUUAUCAAAUAUUAUCGAGGGUUAAUAUAAUAUGGUUGAGUAUUUUACAAUAAACUUACUGCUCAAGGUUUAGGUUCUUAUUUCAAAAAAAUGUCAACCUGAUCAUCUUUCGCUUCCAAUUAAUCAGAAAGUUCCGUCGCUAUAUACAGCAAGUGGACUUCUUGGGUGUGUCUGGAAGGGUUCACUUUAACAAAGGCGAUCGUCUCUCCGACAUCAUCAUCAAACAGAAAUUCACUUCGCACUCCGUAACCAUUGGAAACUUCAUCCAUGCCCACAAACCGAACGCAACUUACUCAGGAGGCCUGCAGUGGAAUCCUAACACAAUUACAUGGGCCUCGGGAACAAUACCAAGUGAUGUUUUACCAGGCGAGUUUCUUCAGUUCAUCUAUUCUUUAUUUUAAAAUUCCAGAAGUAACCUCUAACUUUGAAAAAUCAAUUGUGUUGUUGAUAAAUCCAAGAAUUUCUUACCUUUUAGCAGGGAGUGUUUUGAUUUUAUUACGAUCCGCCGCAUUCAGCACCGUUUUGAGAAGUAGUUUCGCUCGUCGCAGGCGACGAGCGAAAAAAACUUAGACUUAGCUUCCUUAUUUUAUAUUACUGCGAUGAUAUAUUCUAAAGUCAGUUUAUUUAUUAAACCGAGUACUGUACUUGAAGUUUGUCUUAUCAAGAAGAAGGGAACUUUUGUCGUCCUUUUCCUUUUCAGCCAGUCCUUAUUAGUAUUAUUGUUAAAUCACCCUGAAUUCGGCUCCUAGAAAAUAUAUCCUAAUGUUUUUUUGACAUUUCUAUAAAGAACCUGAACCCAGGGCACUAUGCGCAGUGGAGAAUUUAAGAAAAGCUUUGGGUGUGUCCUGUCGAGUGGCAAUUGGUAUUGCCGUACUCAUUGGUGAGUCAAAUUAAACACGUAGUGAUCAGUUUCUAAAAGUGAGGAGCGAGAGCAUAUCUAUCCUAAUAUCAAGCUUAAGAAAUCGAUGGUUUGAGUUCUGCUUUGAUCCUCUUCGUCUACUUCCUUUCAUCAAAAACUGGAUCAUUGGAUGAUGCAAUUCAAGAGUUUUUAUUAGCUUUGCCAUCAUGGGUUAUGAGACAUUAUACGAUUCUCUACAAAUAUGGUAAGUGUACGCGUGUAUAAAAUUGAGAUGAUUUAUCUAUAUUUUGGGGCGUUUCUAAUAAAACAAUUAUUCCACUCGCGCCUGUUGAAUAUAUAUGAGAUGAUUGUAGCCAACUCGGCUUACAGACCUCUUUGGAUAUCUAUCGUCUUAUAUACGACGGGCGCUGUUGGAUUGUUUGUUAUUAUCUUUCCUCCAUAACGCUCAUGUCUCACAGUCUUGCAAGCAACUCUGUUUUGAGUUUCGAGAGAAGAACUUGUCACCUUUCAGCCUAUCUAUUCCUAUAACUUUGGUUCUUCUGUUGGAGUAAACUUUGGGUAGACCUGCUCGAAGAGAGUGACAUGUACACUGCGCUUUUUUGGUUGAGUUUUUUUUUCUCAAAAUUUGGAUGGGAGGUUGUCACGUUUUCCUUGGUUAGCAUCGAGAAAGAACUCUGCUGUCGUUGAAAGUCAUGAAAGUUUUGGGCAAUAAUGCUAUUUUUUAUCUGAAGUAUUCAGGAAUAUUCAAAAAAAUCAUAAGAAAAGGAAUGAUUCUAUCUAAAAAAAAACAUAUUUCUCUCUUUAGUCUAUAAUCCACUCACUGAAAAUAUUUUAUUUUUCCCAAAGCCCUGAUAUCUGUUUCGGUACUCCUGAUAUUUGUUGUACGGAUUCUCAAAGGAAGGUAAGACGCCAAUAAGAUGAUGUAAUUUUAAGCAAACGUAAAAAAAUCUAUACCAGAAGUAAGAUGAUAACUUUAUACUCGGAUAUUUCUAUGCGAAAGCAGGGACAUCUGUUUUCAGAACGAAAAAUAUCGAAAAUACGGGAAAAUCUUAUCAUUUGUUGAAAUGUUUCUCCUUCUGUACCUGACACUGGCAAAUAAAACUUAAUUAUCUUAAUUACUCCAUCGCUGUGACUGAUUAAAAGAUAUGCAUGCAUGCAGGAACUUUUUCAAUCUCUCUUUACACCAGAUAUUCUUCAAAGUACCGUAACACUAAAAAUCGUCUGCGCGAGCUGGGUCUCUUGGAUUCCAAUUUCACCGGGUCCAUAUUUAUACUAGACGAUUGGGAAAUACCGCGAGAAAAACUGGUUUUAAACAGGAAACUCGGCGAGGGAGCUUUCGGAGCUGUGUUUGGUGGAGAAGGUAUGGGUCUGAAGGAAUCUGAGGUCUCGGUACCAGUAGCAGUGAAAACUCUCAGAGUUGGAGCAACGAUUGAGGAUAAGGUGAGGGUUUGUGUGAGUUCCUGCACGUUGAGGCUGAAGUGUAAAAGUACUGUUGGAAUGUUUGUGCUAUAUCCAGAACGCUGUGAUUGUUCGUGAUUGGAGGAUCUAGAGGAAAAGAGUAUUUUUAAUUUUAAAAUGCAAAUAAAUGUCAAGGAAAAUAGUGUAGGACAUCAUUUCGUUGUACCAACGUGUAAAUUAUAUGGAAAAAAAAAAGCUCGAACAAUUGUUGAUCACUGAGAUGGUCUGGGAUCACACAAGGGUGCGCUAAGGUACGAUCAAGAGGAGUGGAUUUGCCCCGCGUAUCACGAAUGAAUUUUGAAAAUAUAGAUUAAAGAUAUGCAUGCCUGAGAGAGAACAUUGAACAACAAACCGUAUGCAAUUUAUAAGAAUUUUUCGCUGUCGCCAAAUAACCCUCUUUUAUCUGCUAUGCUUUUGAAAAUCAGUUGUAGAGAAGGUAACAAAUAGCAAGUAGCGAAUCUCUGCUCUUGUUAUGACUAGGGAUUUUAUGAAUCUUACCCUACACAGAUUGAAUUUCUGAGCGAGGCAGAUAAAAUGAAGCUCCUUUCCCAUCCAAACCUGGUGAAGCUUCUUGCCGUGUGUACCACAGGCGAACCAGUAUAUAUUGUUAUGGAACUCAUGAUACACGGUAACACAUUUACCACGUUCUGUUCGACCUUUUUACAGUUUUGGAGCCUCUUGCUGACUUCAGUUAACAUGAUUUUGAUUGUGUUUUUAGGUGACUUGAAAAAUUUUCUUCUUGCUCGGCGUCGCAUGGUGAAUCAACCUGGAGCUCCUGAGGUAACGAUUAUUUUAAUAAUACAGGAUUGUAUGGCAGAAUUUCUGUCAAGACUAACAUUACAUAAAUAUUUAUUUCAAAGUCCGAAGAUGUCACUCCGGAAAAGCUGACAACUAUGGCACUGGACAUUGCUCGCGGGCUCCAGUACCUGACAGAUAUGAACUUUGUGCACAGGUGAAGCUAAAAACUAGUGCUUUAAAGCAUAGAUGCGCAACAGAAGGAGGACACCGGAAUAUUCAAUACUAUUGAACCAAAGUUCUGAGUUUCAUAGGAAAUAAUAUACAUGAAAAAAGAACGUUGGGUCUGAACGCGCUCCUAAUUGGCUGAGUACAAUCUCAUGAAACACGAAUGCAAAGUUGUAACACGAGUGCAAAUUACAAAUAGCGCACACACACUUUCAAAAUUUCGUCUGUCUUGACUUUUUGUGAUUUUUUUAUGUACCUUAUUAAAAAGUAAUAGUAUGAUUUCUCUUGCAAUUUGGUGUAAUAAGCACUGUAAGUUUUUCAAAGACUAGAAAAUUGCACAUUCCCUACGGGUUCGUGCAAUUUUGUUGUCUUCGAAAAAUUUACUCGUGUUUAUUAACACCAAAUUGCACUCGAAAUCAUGUUAUUACCUAUAAAAAGCGAAUUUAAAAUCGAGCAAACUGAUUGUUUGAGUUACAUGUAAGGACCAGAAUUAUCCCACGUGAGACGGAAAGAUCACGGAUGAUGCAGGUCCUCGGGUUGGGAAAAAAAAGGUUCAAUUGCGCAUGUCUCAUUAGUAAACUAAAGCAGCUUCAAAUGCGCUAUGGCCAACCAUUUGUACCCUCUCCCCCCCCCCCCCCCCCCCCAUUGUUCUCCUUAUGUGUUAUGCAAAAACUUAAUUUGUUUUAUGCAAAAAGCAAAUUUAUGUCUCGUGUGACGGAAAACACAAAUUAAUGACUUGGUAAUGAAAAAACAUAGGAAAGGGAAAAUGAAACUAAGAGGGAAAGGGCGGGUUGAACGAAUUGGACGAUUUAAAAGGAUCAAAAUUUGGAUAUUUGAAAAAUUACAUCCAAAGUUUGUAAGAUAUUCAUAUCAUUAUGAUGAUGAACCUCGUUUAAGUGACCUUUUUUUUUGCUGCUUCUGUUUUCAGGGACUUAGCAUUACGAAACUGCAUGGUCGGGUUUGGGAACGUUAUAAAGAUUGGUGAUUUUGGAUUGGCGCGGACUCUUCAAAACAAUGAUUAUUACAGGUUUCAACGGAAGGGUAAGUACAAAGAUGAAGCUAAACUAGAUCAACAGAAAAAGGUUUCUGUUUGCUUUUUUGUUUUUGCUUUUUCAAUUGCAGUAAAUUUAGUUGCACGAAACUUCAAGCAACAUUUAACAUGUCUUUCCUUUUCCACGGCUUAACAGCAAUGCUACCUGUAAGGUGGAUGUCACCGGAGUCUAUCAGGGAAGGUUUAUUCACUCCGUGUACAGACGUUUGGUCUUAUGGUGUCACACUCUGGGAGUUGUCUACCAUCGGUGGCUUUCCCUACCAAGGGAUGUCCAACGUAGAGGUCUCGGAGAGAGUGGAAAAAGGAUACACGUUGGAAAUACCGAGCCAGUCCGGCCCAGAAAUGUAUGUAUCUUUGAUUGAUUUCUUAAAAGAGAUCGUGUUUGUCUCGUAUUUAGGACACUUGGCUUCGAACCAGUAGGUCCAGGGUCGAACCCUGUCCGGCUUAUGCUGUGCACUCAGGUAGGAUACCCCACUCUUACUGUGCCUGUUUUCAUCUAGGAGUAUAUAUUAAUAUCAACAAACUUUCAAGGAAAAAAAAAUGUCGAGGGUAAAGUUGUUAUAAAUUUUCAUUCCAUCCAGGAGUUGCAAUACCUCUAGUCAACUAGUGCGGGUGAAACUGAGGUAGACUCUUUGCAUUAUGGUAAAUCGUGUAUCACAUGGAAAUCAAUAAGUUACGAGGCCAAUUACAGAGGUCGCUAAAAGGAAAAACACUGACUUUCGACCAGACAGACAGACAUGCAAACGCUAGUAUGCAGACAGCUUGACUGACUGACUGACUUACUGCAGGGAUGAAUGACCGAUUCCCUGAGAGGGUCAAUGAGAAGUAGGCUGUGUUACUGAAAUCUUGACUGAGGGAUUCAACGGUCUGAGCCGGUGACCCGUUGAACGACUGACGUACUGUCUAUGUGUUUGUCUGUGUAUGCGACUGACCGAAAGGUAGCCUGUGAUUGCUUUAGUGAAUUACAUCAGCAUUCAUCUACAGGCUCGUCUUACUUGGGAAGUGUUGGCAUCAAGAUCCGGCCCAAAGACCAAAACCAUCAGAGAUUGUUAAAACCUUACUUGAGAACCAAGAGCUCGUUAACGCAUGCGUUGGUGUGCCUGCUACCACUCUCCUUGAUGACAGCAUGGCAAAUUUUGACGCCAGAGAGGCAAAUACGCAUGUACUUGGAGAGAUAGAAGGCCUGCAAUCAAACCAUUUCUUGGACUCGGAUCAUGUUAGCAGUACUUUGACUCUAACUCGGGAUACACGUGAUGAUCACGUGGGAAGAAAACAUAGCAUCAAGUCAGUAGCAGGGAAGGCGAAAGGUCAUUCAACUCUACCCUGGAGGAAAACAUCAGUGCAUUCUUAA